CACUUUUUCGCAGCGGUUGCUGAGCUGUUCCUUUGUGGCCGUGGGUCGGCUUUUGUGGGAGGUCAGCCCCGCUUGCUCGCGCAUCCGUCCGAGCGUCGGUCCGUCUGUCUGUCCACCGAGGGGCCACGCUCUACGCCAGCUGCCUCCGGACGGCUGAGCUUGAGGCCGGCCCUGGUCGCGGCGCGCAGUGCCCCGGGAGGAGUGUGUGACAGGCUGCGUGGGGCGCGGGUGAUGGGGCGUGAGCGCAGCCUCGGGUGUGGGGCGCUUGCUGACUGCCUGACCCCGACCUUUGGGGGAGCGCAGGAGGCUCAGCGUGCGUGACCGUGCAGCCGAGAGUGCGUGGGUGACCCCACAGCGCGCCCCUGCAGGCUGUCCCUGAGCUCCAGGAGCAGGACCCUCGCCUCUGGGCCUGGCCUGGGGCCCAGGAGGCUGCAGAGCUCCCCCACGCCUCCGGGGAAUACUGCCGAGGGGCGCCAUGGAGACCCCUGCCCCGAAGCCCCAGGAGACAGCUCUGCCCUCCCAGGAGCCUGCUUUUACCCUCAAAAAGAAUCCAGAGGAUAAAUUGGGUCAGGGUAUCGUGGAAGCCAGGUCCAAGGAAUCAGUGACUUUCAAGGAUGUGGCUGUGGACUUCACACAGGAGGAGUGGGGCCAGCUAGACUCCCCUCAGAGGGCCUUGUACCGUGAUGUGAUGCUGGAGAACUACCAGAACCUUCUUGCCCUGGCAGGGCCCCCAGUCUGCAAGCCAGAUGUGAUCUCCCACCUGGAACGGGGCGAGGAGCCAUGGUGGAUGCCCAGAGAAGCCCCUGGAGGGGCUUAUCCAGAGGGGGAGUCUGGGCCUGAGGUGAAGGAUGAGUCGUAUCAACAACAGGGCGUUUACAAGGAAGAGCCUUCGCAGGAGCCCAUCACUGAGCCACUGGCGAGGUGCAGCGUCCACAGCCUCAGUCUGGGUAAUGGGUGGCCUCCGGAGGGUCCAGCAGCCACUCUGGCGAGGGGUGAGGCCAUGCUGCAGAGGCCAACACCCACCAGCUGCCCGAACAUUUCCCUGGAGGGGCACUGGCAGGACCAUGAGGCAUCUGAGAAGGAUUCCCCGCCCGAGUGCACCCUCUUCACCUCCCAGGGCAUUCCUGAAGAAGCAGACCCUCCUAAGGGGCCCACUGAGGGCUUCCAGUUUGGCGAGGCAACCACCAAGAACCGGAGAACAGGUGCUGGGAGAGGCCCGUGCAAGUCCAGUGACUGCAGUGAAUACCCGGUCCCGAGAAGGCGGCAGGCCGUGGCCUCCGGGGAUGGCCUCUUCACAUGUGGCGAGUGCGGGAAAGCCUUCCGCCAGAGCUCGUCCUUGACCCUGCACCGGCGGUGGCAUGCGCGGGAGAAAGCCUACAAGUGCCACGAGUGCGGCAAGGCCUUCACCUGGAGCACCAACCUCAUUGAGCACCAGCGCAUCCACACCGGCGAGAAGCCCUUCUUCUGCGGCGAGUGCGGCAAGGCCUUCAGCUGCCACUCGUCGCUGAACGUGCACCACAGGAUCCACACGGGCGAGCGGCCCUACAAGUGCAGCGCCUGCGAGAAGGCCUUCAGCUGCAGCUCGCUGCUCAACAUGCACCUGCGCGUGCACACAGGCGAGAAGCCCUACCAGUGCGGCGCGUGCGGCAAGGCCUUCAACCAGAGGACGCACCUGACGCGCCACCAGCGCAUCCACACGGGCGAGAAGCCCUACAAGUGCGACGCGUGCGGCAAGGCCUUCACCUGCCACUCGUCCCUGACCGUGCACGAGAAGAUCCACAACGGGGACAAGCCGUUCAAAUGCGGCGACUGCGACAAGGCCUUCAACAGCCGCUCGCGCCUCACGCUGCACCAGCGCAUCCACACAGGCGAGAAGCCCUUCAAGUGCGGCGCGUGCGGCAAGGCCUUCAGCUGCCACUCGUACCUGGUGGUGCACCAGCGCAUCCACAGCGGCGAGAAGCCCUUCAAGUGCAACGAGUGCGGCAAGGCCUUCAGCUCCCACUCCUACCUCAUCGUGCACCAGCGCAUCCACACGGGGGAGAAGCCCUUCGACUGCAGCCGCUGCUGGAAGGCCUUCAGCUGCCACUCGUCCCUCAUCGUGCACCAGCGCAUCCACACCGGGGAGAAGCCCUACAAGUGCCGCGAGUGCGGGAAGGCCUUCAGCCAGAACCACUGUCUCAUCAAACAUCAGAAAGUCCACGCCGGGGAGAAGUCGUUCCGAUGCGAGGAGUGUGGGGAAAUGUUCGGCUGGAGUGCCCACCUCGCCGAACACCAGAGAAGCCACAGCGAGGAGAAGCCCUUCGCCCUCCAGUUCAACAAGCACUUACUGAGCACCUACUAUGUGCCGGGCAGCCUGCUGGGCGCCGGGGGCACGGGUGUGAGCCACGUGGACCCGCUCAACGCGCUGGACGUGGCAGAGCUCCUGUGCGUGGUGCAGCCCUCGGCCAGCAGGACUUUCCCGCUGGGCAACAAACCUGGAAAUUAGCGCAGUGCUGGCCGUCUCCACCUCGCAGCUUCCGCAGAAGCUCUGCAGCUCAGACGCACAUGCCUCAGGUUCAAGACUGGCCCUGCUGCCUGAGCCAUCUCCCCACACUGGGACACCUCUUUGAGUGGUGGGCACCACCCUGGGAAAGUCCGCACAGGAGGAGAGAAGACAUGAUGGUGUCCCAUCAUCCUAUUUUCCUUAACAGGCUUACAAGUCACGGAUGUGGGGAGUAGAUCUUACCUGAGGACAAAAAGAAGGUAUAUCGAUCAUUGUGUCCUAAGGACUAGCUCCUGGCAUGAUUUCAAUUAGGAAUUUCCUUUGUACGCUGUUAUGUUUAGAAUAAUAAUAAUGGUAAUAAUAGAAAUGAGCAGAAGAUGUGUGAACAGUAUUCCUUCCAGGGGAGCAUUGUUCUGUUCCAGGAGAGGAGAAUAAUCUUCAAUGGCAGGGGUUUGGGAAAAGGCAGAUUUCCUGGCCUCGCUUCAUUGAAGCAGCUCUGCUGUUAGUGACAGCACCUCGGUCUGAGAAGACGGCCUGGCACCAGCAUGGCCGGGUCCUGACAUGCCCACUUUGCGCUGGUGGGAAGCGAUGAGCCCAGCAUUCCUCCAGGGUGCGGUGUUGGGAUAGAUUUGUCUAGAAGCGCACCUUCUCCCAGGCCUGUGAGUCUGCCCACAGGACCUCCCUCUGCUCACCGGCUCAGCCCUGUGGGAGGACCCCCUCCGAGGGGACCUGUCCUGUGCUCUCUGCAGAGGUGGACAGCAUUCAUCUGGAAUUAAUGUUUGUUCCUCGCAGUCCUAAGCAAACCCAAGCUGCUUUCUCUCAGUGAUAAUACUUUACAUUUAUAUAGAGAGCUAUAGUUUAUGAAAUGCUUUUUAGUAUACUUUUUAAAUUAUGGCAGCAAAAUAACCACAUUUCGGGAAAUUAAGGAAAAGACUCCCAUAAUUGCUAAUAAAACUGCAUUUCGCACUUUGAUACUUUACCUUCUGCUUGUUUCAAAGUGGAUUUUUUACAUUACUGCAAACAUAGUGUACAUAUCACUUUAAUCUUUUUUUCCCACCUACUGCAUAGCAGACUUUUUUCCCAAGUAACUACACUAUCCUUGGAGUUAGAGUUUUAAAUGGAGGCAUAGCAUUCUGUUAAAUAUUCUUUUGUUAGAUGUUGAAGUUAUUUCCAUGUUUUCAUUAUUACAAAUCAUUUCACUGUUAUAAACUGUUCUUCAUAGGACAACUUUUUGGGUUAUGGUUUUUUGUUUUUGUUUUUGUUUUAAGAUUUAAUUUUGGGGGCACCUGGGUGGCUCAGUUAA